GCUAAUGAUGGGAGAAAUGGAAUUUCUUGUCCAAAGAUGUCUCCUGCUUUGUCUCUACAUAACAUCAGCUCUAGGUGUUGCAAAGGCGUCUCUAAUGUCGAACACGAGUGUAGCAUGUCCUGGUGAGGCUGUUUUGUUCACAUGCUCUUCGCCUGGUACUUCGUUGACAUGGCAAGUGGAUCUACUAUCACCAGCAGGGACGUCACUGCAAAGUUUCUUCCUUCCCUCACAAAUUGGUGGUCGAAGAACACUUGGACCUGGAGUGAUCAUGUUUGAGGCUGUUCUUGUGAGCAAUGAUGGUGGAACUCUGACAUCCACUCUCAUCAACCUCAGUGAAGUGUCUGUACUGGAUGAUAGCAAUGUCACCUGUACUGUUACUAACAAUGGUCCUAUGUCACAGCAGCAAACCAUCAUGGUUGCUGUUGUCCCAACACUUCCACUCAAUCCAAGCGUAUCCUUCAUUCAAAACCAGCUCAGUUCGUCCAUUAUCACUCUGGAGUGGGACCCUCCCUCCUCUACUGGUGGUGUGUCUGUCAGCUAUGUUCUCACCAUCUCCCAAACACCUCUCUCUGGGUCAGCAGUCACCAUGGAGACCACCUCCACACAGAUCACUGUUUCCUAUAACACACCCUACAAUGUGACCAUCAGAGCUGUCAACUGUGCUGGAAUGAGUCAAGAAAGUUCAAUUGUGGAUCUAAUUGUGUGCCCCACACCAUCUACUGCUACUGGUGUGACUAUCACCAACACACCUCCUGUCACUAUUGGUGGAUCCAUGCUCACUUUCACUUGCAGUGGAGACAAUGAAGUGAGAACCUCAACCUGUGGCACUAGUGGAUGGUCUCCUAACCCUGGGACCUUUGACUGCAGCAGUCCGAUUACAGAUCCCCCAGUCACCUGUGGCUCUCCUGAUGCACCAUCCAGAGGUAGUGUGGACAUCAAUGGUGGGACACCACCCUUCUCACUGGGUUCAGAGGUCACCUAUCGCUGUGACGAGGGACUGUUCCCCUUUGAUGUGAGGACCAGCACAUGCACUGAUGUGGGGGGUAGGGGAGAGUGGGUGGAGAAUCCUGGGAGCUUGAUGUGCAGGGAGAGACCAGUCAACUGCACUGUACCUGUUGAGCCCUGCAACGGUGCUAUAAUGGACCAUGAGAGGUUGAACGAGACAGUGUUGGAGGGAACAGUGCUGACUUACCAGUGUGACAAUGGACUCUCAUUGACUGGACCCAACACCAUUACUUGCACUAAUGCUGGAGUCUGGAGCACUGAGCCUGAGGCAAUCAUGUGUGUACUUAUGACUGAAGUUUCUACUGUCGCUUCCUUGUCCACUUCUGCAACUGUCGCUAUCAGUGUGGUCAUCACUUUCAUUGUCACUCUAGUCAUUGGGUUCUUCACUGGACUGCUGGUGAUGCAUAUUUUCUCUCGUAAGAAAGCAGUGUACUUCCCAGCAACUGAAGGACAAUCUAAUGUAGGACCCACUGCACCAACUGGUCCUGUUUAUGAGGAGGUGUCACCCAAAGAGGAGAUUGAACUCAACACAAACCAAGCAUACGGACCAGUAGGACUGUGAAACUCAUUCACUUUAAUAUUCAACGAGUUAUAAUUAAUUGCGAUCAUUCUGGCAUUUCAUUUGUUCUACAGACUAUCAUGAUAGAGGCUAUAGUGUUUUAUCCUUCGUAUAUUAUAAUUAUAUAACUAUACGUAGAGAUUUUCUCAAUAUAAUAAUUUAUUUUGCAUUCCCUAAUACAAGCAGGAGGUUAUUUUUUGCUGUAAAUUUGUCAUUAUUAUAACGUGGUGUUUUUGAC